UCACGCCGUCACCCGGUCACCGCCGUCCGUCAGUGCGUCUCGCGCCGGUGGAGGAGUCGGUACGUUUCCGGAGUACGUCUUUACGAUCCGUGGCGUUGGUUCACAUCCGAUCCCAGGUGCUGUCGAGGAAUAAUAACCCCCGGUUUACUCACCGCGCCGACGGGGGGUAACGCGACCGCACUUUUUUGCGGAUGCGUUCGCGAGUGCACGAGACGCGGCAGUGUCGUCACGUCCGUUCCGGCAACAACGGUCGUCGUCGUCGCGAGUAGAGCAAGUGCCGAGAUCUCGCGGCCGUUUUGGUGUUAUCUUCCUUUCUCUCUCCGCCUCCCCGGCCCGCGCGCUCCGUUUUUCCCCGCCGCCCCGUUCGCGGAAGGACAAGCGGGAGAGGACGACGACGAGGACGACGUCGCCGGCGUCGCGAGAAUGACGCGUACCAUGACGACUUUGUGGAUUGUCGCCGUCGCGACGAUCGUCGUCGCGGCGACGACGGUGAACGCCGCCGGGCUCAAGUGCGACAGUGUCAGGCCGAUCUUCGAGGCGCAGGGCUUCCCGCUCAGCGACAUCCCGAAGGAGGCGAUCUCAUCGAAGGAGCUUAAAGUAUGCGGCAGCGUGAGGAGCGGCGGCGAGGUGUGCUGCUCCGCUGACAUGGAAGUGAGAUUGCAGGCACGGGCACGCGACAAACACGAGAAGGCGGCCAAAGAAACUCUUCAGAGAAUGCACCAGGUCCUGUCCACGCGGGCAAACAGGUUCCACAGUUUUUUCAAGGAUCUUCUGACGGGCAGCAAACGAGGUUUUCACGAGAUGUUCAAGAAGACCUAUGGUAUCCUUUACGAGCAGAACGCGUACGUCUUCACGGACCUUUUCAAGGAACUAGAGAAUUAUUACGCUAAGGGAACGGUGGACCUCACCGAAGUCAUGGACAAUUUUUUCAACAUUCUUUACCAGAAAAUGUUCACCGUGCUCAACAGCCAGUACAGCUUUGACAAUAAGUAUCUUGACUGCGUGGGUGAUCACAUGAAGGAGAUGCGACCGUUCGGUGACGUGCCACAGAAAUUGAGUGUGCAAAUUAAACGAUCGUUCGUGGCCACGAGAGCAUUCAGCCAGGCCUUGACCGUGUCUGCGAAUGUGCUUAAAAAUAUGCAAUCGCUGAAGCCAUCGGCGGAUUGCGCAGCUGCCUUGACCAGGAUGACAGCCUGUCCGGCCUGCAGUGGUAUAUCGGACAACGUGCUGGCGUGCGGCGAUAUGUGUGCCAACGUGAUGAAGGGUUGCUUGGCGCAACACGCGGCACUCGACACCGACUGGAAUCAGUUCGUCGAGGCUGUGGACAAGAUUGCCGACCGACUGCUCGGACCGUUCAAUAUUGAGGUAUUGGUACGUCCGAUUAAUCUAAAAAUCUCCGAAGCGAUCAUGAACUUCCAGGAAGCUAGCCAGGACGUGUCACAGCGCGUGUUCACCGGCUGCGGCAAACCGGUACUGGGUAGACGUAGACGCAGGGAUAAUCGCGAACUGGAAUUGGAGUCCUUAAACUUCGAUCAAGAAACGUUGACGGAAGAUCGCGGCUCCUCCGGUGCGAUACUAGACAAGCUGGUGAAGGAGAUACGCCAGCGGGUGCGCGAUCUUCGACAAUUCUGGGUCUAUUUGCCCUAUCGGCUGUGCAACGAGGGUUUGGUAGUGCCACCCAGCAAUACGAAGGAAUGUUGGAACGGCACACAUGUAGACAAAUAUUUAUAUCCAGUGUCGAGUGAUGGCGAGAAUCAGGCGAUGAAUCCAGAAGUGCGCAGUGCGGGACCAAGGGCGACAAUUGUGAGGGAUCAAAUUUUCGCGCUGACCACUAUCACGAACAGAUUGAAAUUGGCAUUCAACGGACAAGACGUCGAUUGGAUCGACACUGACGAAACAUGGUACGGUUCGGGCAGUGGUUCAGGCGAUGGUGCAUUUACUGAUGACGAGGAUGGUUUCAAGGAGGGCUCUGGCUAUGAAGGCCCACACGUGGAGUCAGAGCCGGAACCGCCGAAGCAGCCGGUGCCACCGGUCGUCCCCGAAGUCGUGGUGCCGCCACGAGUGGACAUCGAGCCGCACAAGGGUACAGGUACGAGCAGCACGGGCACGAGCAGCAAUCAGACCAUCUCCGUGAACAGCGGAGACGACAACAGGCCGAAGAUGUCGCUGUUCAGGGCGUUAACGACGUACCUGAUGCCGAUAGUGGUGAUGUGGUUCGGCGGUUGCUUCAACGACUUGCUGUGAUCGUGUGAACUUUGCGACUCUGAGCGCAACGCUGUGUAAAUAUUGCCCGAUUGCGAGCCGCGAUCCCGACGGCGACAAAAGAUGGAAACUAGAAGAACAGACAGACUCGGAUCGCGUGAAUUACGUGCACACAUCGGUUCGUCCAGCGGAUCUCCGUAAAGACGCUUCGAAAAGUUGACAAAGACAUUUUCAUGAACGGAGAGCUCUUCGGACCCUCCGUUUCGGUAUUCAUCAAAUCGAUUACGUACAUUAAGUCGAUUUAGCGAGUACCGAAGUCACGUUUGUUGAUCGACCUAGCGAAUACAUGGAUAUUCGUGGCCAUAGCUACUCGCUUUUGCCAUAGAUAGGCAAGAGAUGGAGAAAUUGUGCGUGAGAUUUGUUAUCCACGCUACUACUUGGAUGAAAGACUAUAGUCAGCGAAAUCUCAUAUUUCAUUAAACUCUUGCAACAGUAGUUCUCAUUCCGACAAAAAUUGCUUGAACUUUGACGUUUCAAAUACUAAAACUAAGAAAAUAGUUUUACAAUUGCUAAGCUGAACUUCAGUAAGCAUCUGGAAUUCACUUAUUUUCUUCAUCUCGUUCCCUCGAGAUGAAUCACGCAGGUAUUCUUUUAUCGUUCGUGACAUGUGUAGUCAUCUCGCAGGAGAAUUUCUUUUCGAAAUACGUAAACGUAUACCACAAACUGCUGAGUCCAUCAAGUACGGAAUUGCUUUUGAGAUUUCUAUUUCUGAGAAACGUCUCGGGAAGAAAUUUUUUACGUUGGAUAUUAUUGGAGUGUAAUACUGUUAUAUAAUACGCUGUUACGGAUUAUUGCACCAUUUAAGGAUCUUUCCGAAUUGUAAAUGUACCAUUAACGUUAUAUCAAACUCUUACUGCCAAUUGUCGAGAUUCAAGUUUCUAUUUAAGUAGAUUAUCAUCGGUAGUAGGAUAACUACGCGAUUAUAUCAGUCUGAAGUUUUUCCGAAUUUUAGAUUCGCGAUCGAGCUUAUUCUGCUAGAAAUACGAAUUUAAACAGUUAAAUUAUGAUCAAAUACGCUAUCGCGAUGGAAAAAUGGCUCGUUCCAAUCGAGUCAAACUUUUAUUUGCACACUUGUAUAAAAAUAUUACUGCCAAUUCUAAGGAUAUCUGAAAACUUUUUGUUCUUUUUAUCCAAAUAUCUAAUACGAUACCGCAAGAUUAUCCUAAUUCGUUUGUUUUUUGGUACACAUUCAAUAAGCGAUUAAAAAUGACGCCGUCGAUCAGACAGCGCUGCAUUAUGCCAGUUAUUGCUCGACGAUGGACUAAGAUUAGCAAUAUAACACAUAUGUUGAUGGUGCGUCAUGACGGUGAUUUUAUUAUGUGCUACAAACCCGAAACGAUUGUGCGAAGAGAAAGAGAGAGAGAAAAAAAUAUUUAAUUACUUGAAAUACGUAAAAUGGACCGAAACGGAGUAUACGAGCAGAAAAGUGGGACUGAGUAUUUAUAUUAAGUAUUCAUCGUGAGCGCGACUCGGAAUCUCGAAUGCACAAAUCCCGGGCCGCGGCAGGAGGCACGAACAAUCAGAAUCCUUGUCCUCAGUGACAUUUCACUGUUGCGGAUGGAUUUACAGAUAAGCCGUGAUGCCGUAUGCGCGUUAAUUAAAAUUAAAGGUUUUAAUUAUAAUUAACUGGCAUGUUUAAUGUCGGACGUGUCACUUCGGUGAUGUUAUAUUAUUAUUUUUCGAUAAUCGUCGAAAAUAAGGGAAUCGCAAAGUACGGGAUGAUUCAAUUUGGACAAGGAUUCAACUUGGUUCACGUUAUAAGCAAGACUUAUUAACGAUGACCAGUGUUCUCAUUGCUCGGUUUCGCCGACAACCGAUCCCUCUGGUAUAAAAUGUAACACGAUACAAUCAAAUGGAAAUAACAAUUAACAGAUAAUAAUGGCCUGAACAAGGGAGUUGUGUUAUCGCGAAACUGAGCUUUAGCACUGUAACAUUAAUUUACGGUAGAAUUAAUGGAAGAUAUGAAGAACGUUGGUUACAACAUAAGGUGUAAAUAAGAGAAUAUAGCGACGAUAAAGAUAAGAGAGUGUGAUAAGAAUAGACGUGACACGUUUACGCUUUCGACGUUUAAAAUGAAACAUAGGUGUAUGUGUCAGACUUUAUACGACGAAAGUGGGAAGAGAAAAACUGUAGGAAGUACAGUUACGAAAGGAAAAUAGACUCAGUUGGUUCUCCAAUUACAUAGAUUCAGUGUUAUGAGUCAUCGAACGAAAUAAUGGUACAAGUCAGUAAUGGAUUACUCACUAAUUCUUAGUCAAAUUUUAGAUUCUUUUUCAUUAGAUUAUUUUUCAAUCUAAUCAAAUAAAAGCAAAAAAUAUAUCAGGUUUAAUUAAGUGAUUUACAGCUUAUUUCGAUGUGAAACAACAUUUAUAUGUUUUUUUACCUGUUGUUCUGCUUCUUACUUGUGUAGAAAAUAAUUUCAUAAACAAUGUAGAUGGAGAUUUCGUGUUGUAUUUAAUAUUAUUUUAUAUUUAGUACUUUUAUCUUUAAGACCUUUUUUUUGUUUAGCAAAAAUAUGGCUUAUACCAUUGUGCCCAAUGGCUCGUGUUAUCCGCCACUUGCCGCGUAUUGCAUAGGAAUUUUUAAUUCGGAGGCAAUAGAAUGUGUGUUGAAGUGAUGGCGAGAAAACUGCGGUCGGAGGCGGACUCCUGUGAUAAAAUCAAAUAGAUCGAGCAUUAUAUGACCGCCCUCCGCACAUCCGUGCUUUCUUUUACGGCUCGCUGUUGAGAGAUGAAGAAGCAUGUGAGCCCGCAAAGGACAUUAUUGAGGAAAAAAUCUAGUGAAAUAUUAAAAUAUUAUAUCACGGAUAACUAAUUAUUUGUAAUUAUAUUAUUGUAUUAUUAUUUUUAUUAUUAUUAUAUAUUAUAUAUAUAUGAAAUGAAUUAAUAUAAAAAAAUUGUAACAUUUGCGCGAAAUGUUUCGUGCGUGCACGUGUUUUAAAAGUCGUACGCGCGAGACGCGCGAAAAUCUCAAUGUGGUGAAUUCCUUGUUUCCCAGCGAUGACACACAAAGAAGACAUAUAUAUAUAUAUAUAUACAUAUUUUCACAUUUACACAUACACAUGCCUACAUCUAUGCAGGCAUUUGUAUAUGCAUACGUAAUCAUGAUAAUUUUAAUCCUUGCCAAAUUUUCUCGUGAAAAAUGUUGCGCACACUUUUAUACAUAUAUAUAUUGUAUAUGUAUAUACUAUGUACGUAUCGGAUACAUAUAACAUAUUAUUCUUUUUUUCCCUUAUUUUUUUAUUUUUAUCCGUUUUUUUUUUUUAAAGACGGCACAUCAUAUAAUACGGUGAUGCGAGGGUAUCAAAGAAUAGGAAACAGGGUGUUAUUCACAAAAGCUUUAUUAACGGUUAAUGGGUCUAUAAAAAAAGAAAAAGAAAGACGAGAAAUUGUAAGUAAGGUUUGAAUAUAUUUUUCGUUUCGAACGAUUUCUCUCUCUCUCCGUCUUCGAGUCGCGAUUUAAGAAAUCCGAAUGUUCCUGCCUAUGUAUUCGAAGUUGAAGAUUUAGAAGAAAAAAUAUCUUGUUUAGGGAAUUACAUGAUGUACACUUACUCUCGGCGAUUAUAAAGUAGAGAAGAAAAACAUUCAAUUUCACAAAAACGAAAUCCCUCUCGAUCGCGAUUUAAUUCAUGUAUUUUCUCUAUUUUUUUUUUACAAGAAAUUUUUUACCGAGCUUGUUCCUCUCCGCUUGUUUUCCGAAAAGAAAUUUCGGAAUAGAAUUCCAGAGCUCCGUUUAUUGAAAGUAAAUUAAAACGUAAAAAUGGAGGGAUAUGUUUGCGCGUGCACUAUUUUUUUAUUUUUCCUUUUUAAGACAAAACAAUCCUCGAAUAUAAAAAGAAAAUAAAAAAUACAUAUAUACUAUAUUAUUUGAAAAAAAUGUCUUACAAACGCCACAUGACUUGUCCGGAUUCGGUACGGAGUCGACGCGAAAACAAGAGCGAGAACAAAUUAACGAGUUUUCUAAGUGCCCCACAAUACGAUAGAGAGCAUAUACAUAGAUUUAUACGUAUAUAUAAAUUAAUAUGCGGAGUUGUAUGCGAGUGUACAUGAGUGUGUGCAUGAGAGAAACCGUGUUGAUUUAAUUAAUACACGAUCGCGUUUUGACAGAAUCGAAACUCGCGUCUCGUUCUUUAGAACGAAGUGAGGGUGAUGUGUAAUACGUUGACACGCUAAUUACGUCGUAAAGUUUCAUUUGGAAAUCAGUUUUAAACAAAUAAAAAAAACCGUAAUAAAUCACG